AUGUCAGGAAGCAGAAGAGACAGAUCUCGGUCCCCUACAAGAGGAGACAGUUUUGGACGACGAAGAGACAAACAUCAAGAAUCAAGUAAAAAUAGUGAGAUUUCAAAUGUUAUGACUCAAAUGAUGAUGCCAAAUAUGUAUUCACAAGGCAACAUGUUAAUGGCCAGUGGAAUGUAUGGGAAUAUGAUGAUACCUAAUGCUAUGAUGACUGCAGGGAUGAUGCAGCCCACUAGCAUGGAGAUGAUUUCUGGAUCUGGAAUGGAAAUGAUGCCACAAACUUCUAUGGAUAUGUCUGUUAUUGGAACUCAAGGAUUAGCCACAACAGGAACUACAACUAUGGAUAUGAGUAUGAUGGGGGGUGUAAUGAUGGAUCCUACUAUGCUAGCCAUGUAUUCCAACAUGAACUCUGAAAUGAUGCAUGAAAAAAAAGAAAUAGUCCUCAAACACUGCAAGUUGACUCCUCCUGACCCAGGAACUCAACAACCGCCGCGGAGGGAACGUCCUCCUGGUUGUCGUACAAUUUUUAUAGGAGGCUUACCUGACAAAAUCCGUGAAAGCACAGUGAGAGAAAUAUUUGAACCAUAUGGCCGAAUCCAAAUUCUAAGACUCUCUAAAAAAAACUUUUGUCAUAUCCGCUUUGAUAGGGAGAGUUGUGUUGAUGCAGCUAUGGCCAUAUCAGGAUACAAAAUUAAACUUAUAAGCAGAGACAAGGACAAGGAUGAUAAAGAUAAGGAUAAAGAUGAAGAUGAUUCCCAUGCAACAAAUGGCUGGUUACAUGUUGACUAUGCUUUGAGCCGGGAUGAUCAAAAUGAGUAUGAGAGAAAACAACGCCAGGCUCUUCGUGCCCAACAGGCGCAAAUGCAGCAACUGACUGCACAACAGGAGGCCAGCUGUAAAAUGAACUAUAGGCGAUCACCAUUACCUAUUCGAAUUCAACCAUUUUCCAAUGCUGCAGUUGUCCAACUGGCCGAGAAAAUUAAGAAUGAGGAACAUUUUGCAAGUUCACUGCCUACGCUAAUAGCUUGGUUGGAACGUGGCGAAUGUUCAAAAAAAUAUUCAAAUCAAUUCUAUUCAAUGAUCCAAGCUACAAAUUCGCACAUUCGUAGACUGUUCAAUGAAAAAAUGCAGUCUGAAGAGGAGCUGCAAGAAUGCAAAGAAAGAGUGAAAAACAAUAUUCAGAAUGUCAUAGAACAACUCGAACAGGUGGCGAAAGUGUUUAUAGCAGCAACUCAUCAGCGUGUGUGGGACCAUUUCACAAAACCGCAAAGAAAAAAUAUCGAGACUUGGCAAAAAAUGACACAGGAAUUUAAUACUCUAAAGGAAGAAUUUAAUGAGAAGUUUCAUAAUGAAGAAUUAGAACACAAUGGCGUCAGUAACAAUCAAGCUACCGAGUAUAAUAGUGAAGAGCUCCAAUAUUUAAAGAGAGAAAACGAGAGUCUCCAAUUUCAAUUAGAAGCAUAUAAAAACGAAGUUGAUGUUAUAAAGAGUGAAGCUCAAAAGGAGAUGGAGAAAUUCAAAGCUCAGUUUAUUGCACGGCAAGCCCUACAGAAUGCUAUGGAUACGAAAGAGGUUGGUGAGCCACCACUGCCAGCCCCGGUUGCUAAGCCACCCCCACCACCGCCUCUGCCUGAUGAUCUAGAUUCCAAGGUACUUCUGAAGGAAACUGUGGAAGCUGGUUGCGGUGAGGCCAAACUUAUCGGUGUCAUGUCAGCAUUUUUACAGGUCCAUCCACAAGGAGCAAGUCUCGACUAUGUUGUAUCGUAUGUACGUGCACUUUUUCCCCACGUGUCUCAAGCCACAGUCCACCACGUUCUACAGAAACACGAGGAUGUCUUCCAACACACUACAAGUGGAGUAGGGGCUAACAUAGAGACUCGGUGGUCUUUCGUCGCGUUCGCACAGAGUACAAAGUAA